AUGGCUGAAUUUUCAGGAGAACCCAAGUUUACCUUGAGAGUUAUAAUUGAUCAAGAGAAGAAGAAAGUCGUUUUAGCUGAGGCUGAUAGGGAUUUUGUUGAUGUGCUCUUCAGCCUUCUGACACUGCCGAUGGGGGCUAUUGUCAGAUUGCUUAAGAAGCAUCCCAAUUCUGAGAUUGGAUGUUUUAGCAACCUCUAUAAAAGUGUUGCGGACAUGGGGAUUGACAAUUUCGAGACCCAAGCUUGCAAGGAGAUGUUGCUCAAUCCAAGGAGUGUGGAGGAAGGAAAGUGCAAAAGGCUUAAGCUCAACUUAAACCCUACCGAUGAUGACCUCAAGUUCUUCAAGUGCCCUUAUUUCUCUGGCUGUAACUUGUGCAGUAAUUUCAGCGGUUCUGAUUGUGCGUGUGGAGAGAAGAUGGACCAGGAAAUUGAGUUAUCAGAAGAAGAAGAAGAAGAUCAAGUCGUGAAAAAUGAUGUUGGUGGAGUAUUUGUCCGUGGCAGAUCUUCAUUCAUCAUCACUGAUGACUUGAAAGUUUCUGUUGAUUCGACUGGUCUUGUCUUGAAAACGCUCAAUCUUCUGGGUUGCUCUGAUGUUAGUAAACUUGGGGAACGGCUUCUUGAGAUUGGUCUCAACGAGAUUCUGGAUCUUCUCGAGUGUAUAUUCUUCUCAAACACUCUCUUGAAGAAGCAAAGUCCAGAUGAUAACGAUAUGAAAAACAUAGAGAAGCUGUUGAGUCCAUGUGUGGAGGCAAAAACAGAGGUAGCAGAGCCAGUGUUUACUUUGGAUGCAAUAGUAAAGAAGCAGGACAUGAAGGUUUUAUAUGUUGAAUGCGGAGAAGACUUUGUUGAUCUUCUUUGCUCUUUUCUCGCUGUCCCUCUGGAAUACCUAAGAGAUAUCAACUUAGGUUGCAUCGGAAACUUACGUAGAAGCUUCAAUGAUUUGAGUGUUGAUAAAGGGAAAGUAGAUUCAGCUUGUGUGAUUCCUUAUUACUACAAAUGCGAGAAGCACUUGUCGGAUAUCAUCACUCAAGACCCACCGGUUUACUAUCGUUACAGGAACUCCAAGCCUAGCCAACCUGACUACAGCUUGACUACAGAUUCUGAUCGGACUCUGCUCUAUCGAAAGGACAGACUAGUUUCCGUGUCUUUGAUUGAUCCUAAAUGUCAUGACGGAGAUCAGUCUGAGAAUGGGAGUGGGUUUGUGAAGAGAGGAACUAGGUUUACGGUUUCUGAUGAUCUGUUAAUCACGCCUAGGAAUUCACUGAGCACAUCGAUCAGCUUUCUGAAGAAGUUGCAGAUUAAGGCGGAUGAUCUUGACGUUCAAGUGAUUCGUAUCCGUAAAGCAGAGGCAAUGAGUCUGCUGAGAGCUUCCUUGGUGACGUCCUCUGCUUUGAACACUGCUCUAUGGAACUUGAUUGCGAAGAAACCCAAGGAAGAGAAUUGA